AUGUCGGCAACACAAACCCAGACACAAAUCGAGGUAAAGCCUCCGCCGCCAGCCUCCUCUGCUCAGGGCAAGCGAGAAGGCGAUAUAUCAGACUCGUUCGCCUCGCUGUCCGGCACCGCCUUCGUACCUCUGCCUCAGAAAUUCCUGGAUCUGAAACGGAGGCUGAUCCAAGGGCACGAGGAUGAGGUUGUGGCCAGCUGGGGACGACUUCUUGAGCAACUCAGGAUUGAGAAUGAAAUAGUGGCAAGAGAAGGGCCCAAUGCCGUACCCUCGGUUGACUUUAAAGACCUGGACAGCAACCUUGCCGUCCUACGCAGUGAGCUCAAGAAGAGGGGCGUAGCAGUCAUUCGGGGUGUAGUGCCAGAGCAUGAGGCUAGACAAUACAAGACUGAGCUAGAGGAAUAUGUCAAGAAGAACCCCCACACCAAAGCAUUCCCUCAAAAUGACCCUCAAGUUUUUGAGCUGUAUUGGUCUGCUCCGCAAUUGAAAGCACGAUCCCACCCAAACCUACUCAAAGUCCAUACCGCCUUGAUGGGUCUCUGGCACCUGUCCGACCCGAACAGUGCCAUUUCUCUGGAACAACCCCUGGCUUAUGCUGACCGACUACGCAUUCGCCAACCUGGAGAUGCCAAAUUUGCCCUAGGUCCCCACCUCGAUGGCGGCAGUGUCGAGAGAUGGGAAGAGGAUGGCUACGGCCUCGGCAAGGUAUACGACAAGGUGUUUGCCGGCAAAUGGGAAGAGUACGAUCCGUGGGACGCAAGCACCCGCGUACCAGCCGUGAUAGACAACUACAAUGGGUUGGGUGCGUGCUCCAUGUUCCGCAUGUUUCAAGGCUGGUUGAGCAUGAGCUACACUGGACCGCAUGAGGGCACUCUGCAAGUCAACCCUCUACUCCGACUCUCCACCGCAUAUCUAUUAUUGCGACCAUUCUUCCGACCCAUCAAGUCAUCUGCCGACGUGGCACCCGCCGAUUUUCUCAGCCAGCAAAACUGGGAGUUCUGCGGCGACGAGAUGACGAGUGACCUGCAAGGAGCUGUGCUCGGCGCUGGACAGGAGCUGAAUGACGAGCUACAUCCCCAUCUUGAGCUCAACAGGUGCAUGGUCCACAUGCCACAUGUAAAACCUGGUGAUUUUGCCGUCUGGCAUUGUGAUACCAUCCAUGCUGUCGAUAGGGUUCACAUGGGCAAAAACGACUCAAGUGUACUAUACAUUCCCGUCUGUCCGACGACAGAGACCAACGCCAAAUACCUCAAGCGACAGAGAGAAGCUUUUAUCACUGGCACGCCCGGACCUGAUUUCCCUGGCGGCAUAGGCGAGAGUCAGCAUAUUGACAAGUGUGGCCCCGAGUACCUCAGAUCUCUUGCGGAUACCGAGGGGCUGCGGGCUGCGGGCUUUGCAAGACUUUCACCAAAGGACCAAGAACCAAACGGAUCGAGGAAGGCCAUAGAGGUAGCAAACCAGAUUCUGGGAUUUUAA